AUGCUCGCAAGCUUUGCUGCCGCAUUCCUUCUUGGCGUUGCCUCUACUCUGGCCCUGCCGGCUCCCAUCCCUCGCGCAGGUGUGACUACGUUGACCACCGCUCAGAUCACAGCAUUCAGGCCCUAUGCUCUACUCUCGCGAGCAGGGUAUUGUCCCGCAAGCAAAACUGCGACGUGGUCAUGUGGAACUUCGUGUAACGAGCUUCCAGGCAUGGUCGUGUAUGCGUCUGGUGGGGACGGUGUCGUCACUCCUUAUUGGUUCGUCGGUUACUAUCCUGGACUGAACUCGGUGGUGAUCAGCAACCAAGGAACCGAUCCAUCCAAAUUUGUACCACUCUUGAUCGAUGCCGACUUUAGGCUCGACUCACUUGAUACCAAGUUUUUCCCCGGCGUUUCUUCUUCAGUCAAGACACACAAUGGUUUCCAAGAGGCCCAGAAGCGAGGCGCCGAGGCCAAACUUGCAGCCGUCAAGAAGGCCAUUGCUGAGCGUGGCACUUCCUCGGUUACUCUUACGGGACACAGUCUCGGUGGUGCCAUUUCUCUCCUUGAUGCGCUGUAUCUGUCGCUCCACCUCCCGUCGGCCAAACUCAAAGUAGUCACUCAUGGAAUGCCGAGGGUUGGAAAUACCGAAUUUGCGACUCUCGUCGACUCCAAGAUCACCGACAUUUCUCGUAUCGUCAACGAAAAGGAUAUUGUUCCAAUUAUCCCAGGAAGGGGACUAGGUUUCCAGCACGUAUCAGGUGAAAGACAUAUCGUAUCUCCCGGAAACUGGGUUGCUUGUUCUGGAAGGGACAACACCGACGCGCAAUGCACCAUUGGAACCGUUUCCAACAUCCUUGUGGGAGAUCUCAAUGACCACGGUGGACCUUAUGAGGGUAUCUCCAUUGGUUCCGAUGCUUGCAAUAACUGA